GCAACCAUAAGCUCAUUGACAACAUGCACUUGUUGUCCUACGGAACUAUAUUAUACCAAUAAAUUAGAGAACUGAAUUAACUUAUUUGGUUACUUUAAUUUGAAACACCUCAACGAGUUUGCAUGAGGAAGCAGAUGUAACUAGGAUGAAAAAUCGACUCACGUACAUUGUUUUUGAAUCCAAAAGAAAAGAAAAACAUGGGAUUCAACUUAAUCUAAGCCGACACUUGGAUUGUCUUUCAUCUUUCUUCGGAUGA